CUUUCUCUCUCGUAUAGCCGACUCUAGAGCUCCGAGAGAUCGUUUAAAUGUGUAUGGCGGCUGGGUAGAUUGGAUAGAACGAGGGCCUAUUUUCCUCUUGUUCUAGGCGGAGGCGGCGGCUAGGCGGCGAGGGAUCUCUCUCCCGAUAUAUAGUCUAGGAAAUCUUCCCUCCUCUUCCACUCUCUCGCGAUCUUUCUUUGUUUCCCGGCGGAAUUUGCAGCCGAUCGAUCGAUCUCUUGGCUCCUCCUCCUCCACUCUCUCGCGAUCUUUCUUUGUUUCCCGGCGAAAUUUCGAGUCGAUUGAUCGAUCUGUUCGCGUUCUUGUGAAUAUUUCGGGGCGGAAAAUCUCCAUCGGACGAUCGACAAUGGCACCUCCUCGUGCCGGCAGCAACGAUCGAUCAUCGUCCCCGGGCGGCGGCGGCGGCGGCGCCGAGCAGCACUUUCGGGGCGUGCGGAAGCGGCCGUGGGGGCGCUACGCGGCGGAGAUUAGGGAUCCAUGGAAGAAGACGCGGGUGUGGCUGGGGACGUUCGACACCGCGGAGCAAGCCGCCAGGGCCUACGACAAGGCCGCAUUCUCGCUGCGCGGUGUCAAGGCCAAGACGAAUUUCCCGUGCGUCGGCAGCGGCGAUCCGCAAGAGGAGCGCCAGGAUCGCCGCCAGGAUCGCCGCCAGGAGGAGGAGGCGGCGGACGAGGAGCAUCAGCGGCACCGACACAAGCGGCGGCAGAUCGCCGGUGUGAAAUCGCCGCCAUCGCCGCCGUCCCCAGUGUCGGUCGUGGACGAUUCUAGAUCCCGCGCCGCCGUGGCGGCGGCGGCGGCGGUGGCGUCCAAGACGAUCGUCACGUCUCUCAAGCACUACUUGCUCGCCGCCGCCCAGGACAAUCGAGGUGGUCACAGCAGUGGCGGCGACUCCUCUUCCUCCAGCUCCGGAUCGUCGAGCUCGGGCACGGAAUCGACCGAGGAGGACGAUCAAAUCUCUUCCUGCCCCAAAUGGAACAGUAGGCCCUUCUGGGAUCUCAAUUUGCAUCCAUGGGAGCAGCGAGUUCGUGCGUGAGCUCCGCCGAAUUUUUUUUUUUUUUUUGUUCUUCCAGUUCCAGUUUUUCUUUUGCUUGUAAAAAAGGUAAAGCUAAAUAGAAAAAACGGAUAUUCGUAAGGAA